ACUAGUUUGGGACGGAACGGAAGUAGCCCCGUCGAUUCUGUUGUUUCGUGCACAUCAACAAAUGGCCGGACAUUAGUUCCGCGUGUUUUUUUUGUUGAGAAACCCUGCUAAAUGAGUUUGCGGUUUGCUUCCUACGGGUUCGAUAUUGGCAUAUAGUGAUAUUUGGACUACUAUGACAGGACAGGACCGUUGGUAGCAUGUCGGAGCACCGUUGCCAUGGCGCAGCAGCCCAGCCGGAUUAUGGGAUGGUGGAGCCGCAUCUCCCCUUCAUCAGGGCUGCCGACCGUCCGGGAUAUGAUGGAUUAGUCGACCGCUCGGCGGAGGGAUACGGUGGACCAGCAGGCAGCCUGGCGGAGGGAUACGGUGGACCAGCAGACAGCCUGGAGGAGGGAUACGGUGGACUAGUGGGCAGCCUGGCGGAGGGAUACGGUGGACCAGCAGACAGCCUGGAGGAGGGAUACGGUGGACUAGUGGGCAGCCUGGCGGAGGGAUACGGUGGACUAGCAGACAGCCUGGCGGAGGGAUACGGUGGACCAGCAGAGAGCCUGGAGGAGGGAUACGGUGGACUAGCAGACAGCCUGGCGGAGGGAUACGGUGGACCAGCAGAGAGCCUGGAGGAGGGAUACGGUGGACUAGUGGCCCACAUGGCGGAGGGAUACGGUGGACCAGCAGACAGCCUGGCGGAGGGAUACAGUGGACCAGCAGACAGCCUGGCGGAGGGAUACGCUGACGGGUUACCGGGCCCCGUGGCGGAGGAAGGGUCCCGCGAGGGCGUAGCGGAGCGCUGGGUGGGGCUGGCGGACUGCUCUGACGAGGUGGUGCUCAACAUCCUGCAGCACGUGCCGCCUCACGACCUGCUGCUGAACGUGGCGCGCGUGUCCAAGCGUCUGCACGCGCUCAGUAGAGACAAGAGCCUCGUCAGCCACGUCAGCCACAUCAGCCUCUCAGAGCAAUACAAGGUGUGUGAUGAGCAGGUGCGUUGUCUGCUGCGCUGUGUGCGUCCCCACCUGCUGUCUCUGGACCUGGCGGGCUGCUAUUGGCUGUCGUCGGCGUGCGUGUCGGAGGCGUGGGCGUGCCGUCAGCUGCGGCGGCUGGACGUGUCGGGGUGUCGGCUGCCUGCCGGCCGAUUGGCCAAGCUGCUGUCGGGCGCGGAUCAGCUGACGGAGCUGGCGCUGGACGUGGGGCGAGGCUUCGACCUGCGGGCGCUAAGCGCCGAGGGACGGGCGACACUGGCACGGCUCCGUGUUCUGACGCAGACGCUGCUGGUGCCCUCCUACGGAGUGCUGCCACUGUGCCCGGCCCUCACCCGCCUGCAGCUGCGUCUGGAGGUGGCGGGCACUGGGAUGAUGGGCACUGCCGUGGGCACUGGGAUGGGCACAGCGUGUGGGGUGGAGUUGGCGGUGGGGCAGAGCAGCGUGCCGCACUACCAGAGCCUGAGCUGCCUGGACGCCCGAUUGGCCCCCGGGGCCGCCAAUCGCACGCUACUGGCCCUGCUAUUGGCCCCGCUCAGCGUGCGGCCAAUCACGCGGCUCAGACGCCUCCUGCUGUCCGCUCCAGGCCCCGCCCCUCAACGGCCACCUGCCCUGAUUGGCUUACUGGACAGUCUGGGGGAGGGGCUAGCGGAGGAGGGCGGGGACUCCAGCACGGCGCUGCAGCUGCCUGGCUCCUGGUUGGACGAGCAGGGGUUGAGGCGUGUCCUGUCGCGGGGAUGCCCCGCCUACCUGAGCCUGGCUCGUGGAGGCCCCUCCCCCUGUCUCCCGCACUACGACCUUCGACCCCUGCGGAGCCUGAACCUGAGUGGGUGUGGCCAGGAGCUGGAUGCCGAUUGGCUGGGGGCCCUCUGUAAGUCCUGCCCGCUGCUGCAGCACCUCAACCUGUCCGGGAUGCACCACCAUCACCGUGGAGACCCGGGUGCCAUGGCGACCGCACACCCCUGCAGCAUCCUGGCCAAGCUGCCUCACCUGCUGUCGCUGGCGCUGUCUGUUUGUGCCGUCGCCGAGGGAAACGGAACCCCGCCGUCGCCCUCGGAGACCAACCCCCUCCUGCUGGGCCUCCGCAAAGCACGCCGCGUCGGCGUGGAAACCUACCGGCCGGGGUCGGAGGUCACGGAGACGGAGGAGGGGGGCGUGUCCUGUCUGCGGCGUCUCCUGAUUGGCUGCUCACGCCUUCAAGAGCUGGAGCUGUCGGGGGCGGAGUUUGUGUCGGCCACGCCCCGUUACGAGGCGGCCAUCCGCAAGCAGGCGGCGGGCUGUGAGUGCGCGCGCUCCGUGGGAGAGGUCGCCGUAGCAACGCUGGCAUCGCUGGGGCCGUCGCUGCGCUCACUCACGCUGGCGGCGUUGCCCGGGUUACAGACGGGUGCCAGCCUGUGCCAACUCACCCAGCAGUGCGCCCACAUCCGCACCCUCUCCCUCGCCACCCUGGGCCCCACACACUCCGUCUGCUACACACACACGCUGCUGCAGGCACUAGCACACUGCCAGCGCCUACGAGACCUACGGCUAGAGCAGCCCUACUUUAACGCUAACUCGGCGUUCUUUGAGGCUCUGGGAGAGUGUGGCGCUCUACAGCGACUCUGUAUCGUGUCCCGCAAUGGAACCUUCUGCCCCGUCGCCGUGACGACCUUCAUGCAACGCUCCACUGAGGUCAUCAUGUGUCACCUGUUCAUGGGCGGGACUCUGGUGGCCUGUAGAACACUCCAGAAGAGCCUGAUGGACAGUCUCUCCAGGCCUGCUCUGAGCGUGGUGGUGUUUCCUCUCCUGCAUGAGGAUCUGCCGCAGGUGGUCCGAGAGAUUCCGCUCACACACCUGGACCAGGUGACCCUCUACAAGAGUCGUGUCGCCCAGCAACCAGCAUCCUAAUGGUCGCCCAGCAACCAGCCUCCUAAUGGUCACCCAGCAACCAGCCUCCUAAUGGUCACCCAGCAACCAGCCUCCUAAUGGUCACCCAGC